UGCGAGCCUGCAAUUGUCCACAAUAGGCCUACAGUGCAGUAGGGUUCGUCAGAGGAAGUGACGGGAACGGGAUAGUAAACUCAAAUGAGGACUUCCAAUUUUUCAUGAAGGCUGCCACAAUAUAAGUCUGGUUAAAGUCGUCUGAACGAAGAGCGCAAAUGUUACAGUAGCCUAAUGAUUGUGCGCAAGAACGUUAUAUUCACAGACGUCAGAAACGCUACAAUGUACCAGAAUAUAGAAUGUACUCGGGCGACACAACGAUCAAUGCGGGAUGGUAGCCACCAACACUUGCAGAGAUUUCACAAUACUGAAUUAAAUCUGUGGAUCAUAGAUUGAACUUCAUGCAGACUUUUCAGGACUUUUCGUUGAUUUGGAAAUAUUUGCGACCGAUUUCAAGAUGAUUUACAACGAGGGUAGUAGACAGAUUUUUAAUAGUUAAAGUUAUUCCAUGAGUUUCAGAAUGUAUGCAAGUGCGAUAUCGCCACCAGUUCGGAUUUCUCUGCUAGUGGUAACUCUUGUAUCGCUUGGGAUUUGUUCAGAACUAAAAGUACGAGUGCGUUUAAGUGAUGGACUAAUUGGGGAGGAGAUUUUGGACGCCAACAGUGAGAAUGAUGACAUUACAGUCGAGUUCAAGCAAGGAGAUGGUACUCAUAUUACUGUGGUAUUUGAUUUCAAACGGGAUGUGAGGAUCGUUCGAGCUCUGAUCCUGGGGGAGCCAGAGCGAGGCCAGAACCAAUACCAGGUGCUGUGCUUUGUCUCGCGCCUCGAUCACCACGAGAUCAUCCCCACUGAGUCCAUGGCUCGCCUCAGACAGCUGUUCUGUGAUGGGAUUCUACAGAAGAACCCCCACUUGGUCCGCACGGCAGAGGAGAAGCGUGGGGUGGAACACCUCCACAUGGACAUGGUGGUGAACGUGAGUCAUGCAGGGCACCUCAACACACUCAUCCACAACGUGUGUAAGGAGGCCCAUGAGGGGUUUUAUACCCGGACAGCUGACACCAAGCAUUGGCUGGAUAAAGGAAUAGAGGCCAUUGAGUUUGAGCCCCUGCCCCAGACAGUGGACGUCUCUGGUCUGCAGCGAUGCCCCUCCACUCUGGACCUGUGGCAGCCAUGCUUCUGCAGCUAUCACCUACGUCUGGAGUGGCUCCCCUGCCUGCUCAAAUACUGCCGCAGCCGCCGGGGCGUGGCUGGAAGGACCAAACCGUACACGUGUGGCAUCAGGAGCUGCAGCAAGGGCUACCGCUUUGACUACUACGUCCCCCAUAAACAGCUCUGCCCAUGGGAUGAGGAGACCUAAAGCAGCUGGUUUUGCCCUUAGUUCUUUCCUAGAUGGCAUUUAGCCUACCGUGCACAUCUGGGCUGAGCAUGGCAGGGGAUUGGCAAGAGGCCUUGAAGUGUAUACAGAGUAUACCAAACAUUAGGAACACCUUCCUAAUAUUGAGUUUUUCCCUCCGAAAAGCCUCAAUUCAUCAGGGCAUAGACUCCGCAAGGGGCCGAAAUGUUGACUCCAAUGCUUCCCACAGUUGUGUCAAGUUGGCUGGAUUUCUUUUCAGUGGUGGAUCAUUCCUGAUACUCACAGGAAGCUGUUGAGCGUGAAAAACACAGCAGCAUUGCAGCUCUUGACACAAACCGGUGUGCAUGGCACCUACUACCAUACCCUGUUCAAAGGCACUUAAAUCUUGUGUUUUGCCCAU